AAGAAUAAAUAAGUAAACGCUCCCCUCUCCCUCACACUCUCUCCUCACACAAAACUCUGCUUUUCCCCCAACCGCCAUUACUCUACAUUCCAGAUCCGGCCGCCCCAGCCGCCGCCAAUGGAUCGAUCCGCCAGCGUCUCACGGAGGGAUCGAUACCCGGCCGGAGAAAGAGGAGAACAAGAAGAAGGGGCCGAUUGCGAUUCGGUAGAGAAGAUCUUCGAAGGAUCUGGAGAGAAGGUCCUGCCAUGGCGGGACCAGUUGACGGUGAGGGCGUUAAUGGUGAGCCUGGCCUUGAGCGUCCUGUUCACAUUCAUAGUGAUGAAGCUGAAUCUCACCACCGGAAUCAUUCCUUCUCUCAACGUCUCCGCCGGCCUGUUGGGCUUCUUCUUCCUCAAGAGUUGGACCAAGCUUCUCGGAAAAUCUGGGCUCCUCAAACAGCCCUUUACCCGCCAAGAGAACACUGUGAUCCAGACUUGCGUCGUUGCCUCCUCCGGCAUUGCUUUUAGUGGAGGCUUUGGAAGCUACAUGUUUGGAAUGAGUGAUAUUGUGGCGAGUCAAUCAACCGAAGCAAACACUGCUCAGAACAUCAAACAGCCAGGGCUUGUUUGGAUGAUUGGAUUUCUUUUUGUUGUUAGCUUUCUUGGGCUCUUUUCAGUUGUCCCUCUUCGAAAGAUAAUGAUCAUUGACUUCAAACUCACAUACCCAAGUGGAACAGCAACUGCACACUUAAUCAACAGCUUUCACACCCCAAAAGGAGCUAAACUGGCAAAGAAGCAAGUUAAAGCACUGGGGAAAUGUUUCACCUUCAGCUUCCUCUGGGGUUUUUUCCAGUGGUUUUUUACCGCAGGGGAUGCAUGUGGGUUUGCAAAUUUUCCCACAUUUGGGCUCAAAGCAUAUGAAAGCAAGUUUUACUUUGAUUUCUCAGCCACAUAUGUUGGUGUUGGGAUGAUCUGUCCAUAUUUGAUCAACAUUUCUGUGUUGCUUGGUGGAAUCCUUUCAUGGGGGAUCAUGUGGCCUCUCAUAAAGGACCAAAAGGGUCAUUGGUUCCCAGCAGAUCUCAGUGAGGGUAGCCUUCAUGGCUUGCAAGGUUAUCGGGUUUUCAUAGCAAUUGCCAUGAUUCUCGGAGAUGGUCUCUACAAUUUUUGCAAGGUGUUGGGACACACACUGUAUGGAUUGUAUCACCAAAUGAGAAACAAGUAUGUCCUUCCGGUCGCGGGACAAUCUCCUAUUGACGAACCUCCGGUGUCGGCUGACGACAAGCGAAGGAGAGAGAUUUUCCUCAAGGACCAAAUCCCGAUGUGGUUUGCGGUUUCUGGUUACGUUGUGAUUGCCGUGAUCUCGACGAUAUCGCUCCCGCACAUCUUCCACCAGCUCAAGUGGUACUACAUUGUUGUGAUAUACAUUCUCGCUCCCGUGCUCGCCUUUUGUAAUGCCUACGGAGCGGGCCUGACAGAUUGGUCCUUGGCAUCCACGUACGGGAAGCUUGCAAUCUUCACGAUAGGGGCGUGGGCAGGGGCGGCCCACGGCGGCGUCCUCGCCGGACUUGCUGCAUGCGGCGUCAUGAUGAACAUCGUUUCCACUGCUUCGGACCUCACGCAAGACUUCAAGACCGGGUACUUGACCCUGGCAUCCCCUCGGUCCAUGUUCGUGAGCCAGAUAAUCGGGACCGCGAUGGGGUGCGUGAUCUCCCCUUGUGUGUUUUGGCUAUUCUACAACGCAUUCCACGACUUGGGCAAGCCCGGGUCCGAGUACCCCGCGCCCUACGCUCUAGUCUACCGCAACAUGUCCAUCUUGGGGGUCGAAGGCUUCUCGGCCUUGCCGAAGAAUUGCCUCACACUAUGCUACGUCUUCUUCGCAGGGUCCAUCAUCGUUAACGGCAUAAGGGACGCGGUGGGGAAGAAGUGGGCGAGGUUCAUCCCGAUCCCGAUGGCGAUGGCGAUACCGUUCUAUCUCGGGAGUUACUUCGCCAUCGACAUGUGCGUCGGAAGCCUGAUCCUCUUCAUCUGGAGAGCGGUGAACAAGAGGAAGGCCAAGGCGUUCGCACCCGCGGUCGCGUCCGGGCUGAUAUGUGGGGAUGGGAUUUGGACUUUGCCUCAAUCUGUGCUGGCUUUGGUUGGGGUGAAUCCACCAAUUUGCAUGAAGUUUUUGUCUAGGAAAAACAAUGCAAGGGUUGAUGGGUUUUUGUCCUCUUGAUUCGUUUUUUAUUAGUCACUUUAAAGAGUUGCAAUAUAUAGAUAUGUGGUAAUACAUACAAAAAUCUAUAUUGCUUAUCAUACUGAUCUAUCUUUGUCUAGUGUCAACUUAUGGUAUCAAUUAAUCUUAAAUUAUGUAAAUAUAAUUAUGAAAAAAUUCAAUCAAAUAUUUUCUGAUUA